AUGGCAGAACCUGAACCAGCGCAGUGGAGAUUCGGCUACAAUAAGAGACUAACAUGCGGGGACAGCCGUUCGAUUGGAUUGACCGACCCGAGAAUCUGUUAUUCACUUCUGGGCGUUUUGUCGGCUGGAAUUUCUUUUACUCUUUCGAAUGCAACGAUUCGUCAGCUUGCGGCUGCUACUGUGUAUCUCAGUCCCGCUCAAAUUCUGGGGAAGACGGCGAAGAACCUCACAAUGAACGUGGCACCCCCAUCCUCCAUCUGGGGAAACGCACUAGAGGCAACUGGAAAAGGUGAGCAAGCACCGAUGAUCGGCCAGCCAACAGCCCCAAGCGAGAUUCUGGGGAAUACUGGUCCACUUGGUGUAUCACCUCCCCCGGCACCCGCCGAUGACCGUACAAAUGGGACGUCCGGUAUAUAA